UAUCGGCACAUUUUUUUCAGAAAAUAUAAGGUGGCUGUGUUUCCAUUUUUUUAUUUGGAUUUCACAUUCUAUGCUUGUUAGAUGAACAAAUGUUUUCCAUAUCAAAUCAUGCAUUCUUGCCUGUAAUGUGGACAUGAGAACUUGACACCGAUCUGCAAGGCUUGGUUUCAAAAUAAGCUAAGCAUCGAUUAGAAGAAGAUCUUCAACUUCUUGGAAAUAUUGAGGCCACAUAAAUAGGAAAAGGGUGGUCACUAUUCUCCUCGAGUCGACCUAAAAUGGUAGCACAAGGGUAGGAGACUGGUUGGGAUUGUGUGUUUUAGAGGGCGAAAAGGAGUGUUAUGUUAGAUGCAAACAACUCAUUCACGCAUCCAUUGUCGUCUAGUCCGGUUAGGAUACCUGGCUUUCACCCAGGCGACCCGGGUUCAAAUCCCGGCAAUGGAAUCAUUUUUUAAUGGUUUUAGUUAUUAUCAUUAUUAUUUUUAUUUUCUCCAUUCCUCCCGACGCCCGUCGCUUUACCCCCUCUGCGACCACUAGGGUUGGGCUGGAUUGCUGGGGUCUGAUGAAUAACCGGGAGGAAAGCUGCGACAUGGAGGCGGGUGCUGAGCCUCGGCCCCGGAGCACCUCCGCCUACCUGAAUCCUCGCUACUGGGAUGAUCGUUUCGCGUCGGAGGAGCACUACGAGUGGUGCAAGGACUACUCCCUUUUCCGCCACCUCCUCCAUCCCCUCCUCAGCCCCGCUCUCUCUGUACUGGAGAUCGGAUGCGGGAGCUCGCGGCUGUGCGAGGAGUUGCUCAAGGACGGCGUCACCGACGUCACCUGCAUCGAUCUCUCCUCCGUCGCCGUGGACCGGAUGAGGAAGCGCCUGUCCGACCAGGGCAUCCACGGCGUCAAAGUGCUGCAGGCUGACAUGCUAGACCUGCCCUUCGGCAGCGAAUGCUUCGAUCUUGUGAUUGAGAAAGGGACCAUGGAUGUAUUGUUUGUGGACAGUGGUGAUCCAUGGAACCCUCGGCCUGCAAUGGUAGAUAAGGUGAUGAAAAUGCUUGAAGGUGUUUACAAGGUCUUGAAACCUGAGGGCACCUUUGUUUCAAUUUCCUUUGGGCAGCCACACUUCAGGUGUCCGCUUUUUGAAGCCCCAGGUUUUACCUGGUCUGUUGAAUGGGACAGAUUUGGGGAUGAAUUCCAUUAUUUCUUCUAUACCCUGAAGAAGGGUAGGCUGUCAUCCAUCAGUGGCAGACAUCAGAGCAAGAGCUCGGACGUACCAUCUAUUAGUUUAUUACAUGAGGAGCUGGAGAAUGAGGAUUAUAUUUUCCGCACCACCAUUGGUGAGUCGGAGAUGUAAAAAUAUCCUUUAAGGGUGGAAGAAUACAGUAGCAUCUCGACAGAAGAAAUGAAAAAAGUGAUAACGAAUACAGAAAAUUAGGGCUUUCUCUUUUCAGUUUUGAGAGGGACGGACUUAAGAGGAGGCCAUUUUAAUAAACAGGCAAUUCCUUCUUUUGUAGUAACAUGAUUCAAUAUUAGCAUGUAUACCACCACUUAAUUUGAAUUUGUGUUGUAAACAGCUGUGCUGAUUUUAUGCUUAGAUGGCAUCUUAUGGUCAAAAAUUGGAAUGGAAUACAUUGUUUUUGACUA